AUGAGUCUGGGAGAAUGGGGAAUCAAAGCUGUGGCCACUGGUGCCAAGUGGGAUCAGGUUAGCAGUCAAAAUGUUCUUAAACUUUCUUAAACUUAAAAAAAAAAUUGUAUGUUUUAUUUAUUUUAUAUUUUUGUUAUUUAUUGUGAAGUUGCAUUACUUAUGAUGCACCAUGCUUCUCUAAUACACAGGCAAUAAGAUUAGAAUGUAGUAGUACGUGAGGCAUGACUGCAGUGGUUAAGCUUGAAUGAUUGAGGCACAAACACUUUCUAAAGCACGUUGAUUGCUUCAUGUUCUGCAUUCCCAAUGAAAGGCAGGUUUAAUGAGCUGGAUUCUGAAAUUAGUGAAGCGAGAUGAAGGAUGAACAUUACUUAUAGAAGAUUAGACCAUAUAACCUAUUGGGUUUAUUAUCCACAGUCACUCCCAAGAGUACAAAGCCUGAACUUAUCUUUGUAUCUAGACAAGAUCAGAUCGCUCCCCAUGUACGUGAUACAAUACACUUAUGUAUACAAGGUGGCUAUUUUAACACUUCUGUCACAACUCUAUGAUUUGCAUAUGUCCUUAAAACCAGCGAUAAUACUCUAACCUCUUCAGCUAUAAUAUAUCUAUAUCAAUAUAUGUCUAACAAAAUAUAUAAUUAAUGUAAAAAAAUGACUCUACGCUUUUUCCAACAUGGUUUAAAGAUUAUGAAGCAUUGGAGACUUUUUAUAAAGAAAAAAACAGGGCAAAGUGUCAAUUGUAGAAGAAUCAAUUGCGAUUGCUUAUUUUGAAAAAAAACUUCCUUCUCCAAUAAUAUUUAUAAUUUACCCUAUUGGGGAUAUCUCCUAUCCUCUUUUUUGAUUUUUUUUAAAUUAUGUUGACUUUUUAAAAUUUAUGGAGACUUUACUCAGUAUGGCCUCUUUUCUUGACAAAUGUAACUAAAAGCUGUUCAUAGUAUAGAUCCCCAGGCAUGAAACAACUUAACUCCUGUAUACACCAUUUUUUGUAGCCAAAUAUUUUUUUUUAUUUUAUCCCCCCCUCCUUCCGAACCCAUCUUCCCAAUCGGUAUAAAUAUAUCAAUGGGCAAUUUCACAUUUGUUUUUUCUUUCAUGAGGGAGAAAAUAUCUCUCCAAAAGGGAUUCAAAACCGGACAAGUCUACCAAACAUGAAUCACCAGGCCCAUAAAGCCACAUUUUUAAGGCUGAGAGGAAGAUACUCGCUAUUCCUUUAGGGAUCAACCACUGGAGUUAACAAGGCUUUUCUCAAUUCUUCCUAAGAAUUUUUAUCACAAUUUUCUGAAAGGCUAAAGACACAAUUAGUCAUCAUAACAAAAACAGAAUACCCUGCACUCAGGUCCUGCUCCGGCCUUCCAGCAAGGGGGCGCUCUGUGUAUAGGAUGGACACCGCUGAAUCCACCAAUGUAGUACCAAAGAAGUAGUACGUUUCGGCUCCAAAGAGCCUUAAUCAUGCAUGAUUAAGGCUCUUAGGAGCGGAAACAUCGCACUUAUUUUGGUGAGGUGGUGAACCCACGAAUGAAUUCACCUUCUAUAUCCUGGAGUGCUGCCUGUGUUUUUCUUCUUUGGUACUACAAUUAGUCAUCAUGUCGUUCAGCUUUUGCAAUUUUGAGUUUGGAGAUAAAUUUAGAUUGUUCACAUUCUGUAAUUCGUUCAUGAAUUGUCUCCAGGGUUGUUGCUAUGGGUGAAUUGGGGAGAGUGUGGGGGUGGGGGGAGGAAGGGGUCGGUGUUCUGAGAGAAAUAACUCCUCCAAUUACAUAAUUGAAUAGUUAAUUAUUCAGCACAUUAUGGAGAUAUUGCUGUGUGGGCAGGGUUUUAAUGCAGUGGGUGCAGGUAUAAUGCUUCGUGGUGUGGGGUUAACACAGCAUUUGUCUAGUGCAUAAAUAUACAUUUAUAUAAUACACUGAACUCAUCCAAAGAUUUGGUGUCAUAAUGUGAUCCAUAGAACAUUAAGUCAACAUAUGUGGGAGGUGCCAUACAAUUUACAUUUGUUCUGAAGCCCCUGGUCAUAUUGGCAUCUAGCAAUGCCAAAAAGUGACUCUAACUAAUAAGGAAUGGUAAUAGAAUAAAGAACACAAAUAUGGUGUAUUGCAGGGUGGAGAAAUGGCUGGUUCCCUCUGCAGUAGUAAUACGGGAGAUUGAAUCUUAUUGUGGACCUGUAUCUCCGGGCAAGUGUAGUUUUCCGUUUCACCUAUAUUUAUUUUGUUCAGUGCCUUGGAGUUAAGGAUGGUGUUAAAGGGGAAUUCAUGCACCAGUGCUUGGUCAGUGUAAAGUGUAAUAUGAAUAAUAAAAAAAAAAGAGCAACCAUGAGAAAUAAAGUUACCAAAACUACACUUCCAAAUAGCUCAAUAAACAGGUGUUGCAUGGGAAAAAAAUAUAUUUAGCAAUGAUAUCAUAUACCUAAACUCAUGGCACAUUUAGCUACAGAAUCAUAGUGACCAAUAUUCUCAAUACUCCUGGGCGUGCAUUUACAAGAGUGCCUCCAUACAUCUUUUUUUAGCGCUUUUAUGUUGAUUCAUACAUGACAAUUUAGUUACAGCUUUUGGCACUGAGUACUCCUGCUGGCAUCAGCAACAGGUGUGUUUUGCUCACUAAUGAAGUUUUAUGAAAUUGUAGUGACAUCUUUCCUGUCCAAAGUCUGUUGUAAACCAAAUCCCAUUAAAAUGAGGCUAAUAUGAAGCUAUUCCUCCAAUAUUUUAAAAAUAAUUGUACAAACAACCAACUUGCUACUGUUACACAUUUAGCUUGUCAGGUCCCAAAUUGCUCAGCAUUGGCUAACACGCUAAGAUGGCUGGAGGGAAUUAAUGUGGUCAGCUGUGUGUUGUCAUUUGUAUCUUUCGUGGGCCCGUCACGUUGCGUGCACAACUCAAAUCGAUUUCCUGCUGGCCAUCUUAAAAAUUGAAUAUAUAAUCAUUCAGCUACUGAGUCCCCUGAAGAGUCCUUUAAAAUAAUGAUGGGCAGCAAAGUAUGUUACUUUAAACUCAGGUUUCCAUAGUUGUUUGAUUUGUUUAUUUGUGUAUUUGACAAUUUAAAAAACCUCAUCAACGAGGCUUGCUACGUGCAGGUCUGUGCAGUUAUCACACAGAUUGCAGAAAAUCCUUUUAUGUAUUGUUUUUUUCACAUAGCACUCUGAUAUAAGGGUGAUGACAGAACUGAUAAACUGGAAUGCUAGUCAUAGGAUACUAACAUAAAAUAUAUCAAACUGGCAAAGCUAUAAGAUUGCAACACUGCCAAAUCCUUGCUUCAUGAAACCUUAUCACGUUGAACUGUGCAAAUUUCUCAAUUUUCUUGUUGAGAAUAAUGAAGUAAAAUAAUGAAGCUCUUGCAUCUGGGAUAAGGGGCAAUCUUCUGCCUGACAAAUAACAUACACUAAUUUAAAUAAACACUUGAAGCACCAUAGCCACUAUGUGGGGCAGGAGUGCUCUGGCGACCCCUUAAUGAAGGGUUUGGUAUUGCAAAAUCUCCCAUAAUGCUUCUGCAACCUUAAUCUUGGCAAAGAACCAGGGGAGAUUUAGUCAACAACAUCUGGAGUGCCAACGAUUGCCUACCCCUGCCGUAAUAGUAAAAUUGUUUGCUAAUGGCUUGACAACUAAUCUGGGGGCUGGCAGUAACUUCCAUUUUCUUUAAAAAUGUAUUUUAAAGAUUAAAGAUUUACUGAGUGAUUUCACAAUCCCUUUCAGUUAAAGCACAGCUAGGGCACACAAUGCAAAUGAGGAGGAGAAGACAAACAUUGUUUCAGUUUUGUUCAUGUUCAUUGGCACAAAAGGGCAACAUUUAUAACAAAAGUUUAAAAGCGAGUCAAGAUGGAAGGAGCCAGUUUCAGCACCAAUGUGUAGAUUUCUAUAUUUCAUUUAAUUUUUCAGACUUUACGAAAUAUAUUUCCCUAAUUUAAAUGAUAAAUAAAAAUAGUAUUAAAAAAUUAUGGAAAUGAUAGUUCCCCUUUAAAGGAUAGUUCCCUCUUUGCUUUGUACUCGGAAAAUCUGUAUUGUUUUGCUAUCAAUAAAUUAACCACAUUUUUUUUUCUCCUCAGCAAUUGCGCCAUGAAAAUUUGGUGAAUUUAUUAGAAGUGUGCAAGAAGAAAAAAAGGUGGUACUUAGUUUUUGAGUUUGUUGAUCGCACAGUAUUGGAUGAACUGGAACAAUUUCCAAAAGGGCUGGACUUUAGCAGAGUACGGAAGUAUUUAUUUCAAAUCAUCAGAGGAAUUGGGUUUUGCCAUAAUCAUAAUGUAAGUAUUAUCCAUUAUCAGUACACUUUUUUACAUACACUCAACUCGUCACCACAGUUUUUUGAUAUUUUUAAAAAAUUUUUAACUUGAAAAAAAUUGCACCAAUCUGUAUUUUUUUAUUUAAGGCAUAACGACAUACAAAAAGGAAAGGAACAUGUUACUUAAAAAAAUAAAAUACAGAGCUAAUAAUUAUACUUAGGUAUUCAUUUUCUGAAAUAUUCAAAAUUCAGAAGAAAAUCCAUUUGUCCGAAUUCUGAAUGGCACAAUAGAAGUAUGAACUAAUGAAUGAAUCGCAGAAAGCCAAAUAUUUAAUUUGAUUUGUUAAUUAACUCAUUCUUAUAAAUAACACAUACAAUUGGUGCCAUUAUGAAGGAUUAUCAUUUUUAAGGAUGCCACUACCAAAUGAGGGAGCUGUGUUUAGUUGUUAGCUCCCUAGUUUGGUAACCUUAAUUAUGAUAAUCCCACAUAAGAGUACCACAUUAGGGAGCUAUCUUCUAAACAAAUGAAAGACCAAAAUUAAGAAAAGAGAUUUUCUUAAAGGGCCCUCUUAGAAACUGCAAUGUUUUACAACAUGGACACUACACCCAGACCACUUUAUCAAGAUGAGGUGUUCUGGAUGACUAUAGUGUUCAUUUAAUUUUGUGGGAUUGUAAUGCACAAGGAUACCAAAAUAAGGAGUUAUAUACUAAACACAGCUCCUUCUCCAAUUUGGUAUCCUUAAAUAUGGCAAUCCCACAUAAGGGUACCCAUCUGAUUUAAGGAGUUAUCUACUAAACACUUAAAGGACCACUAUAGUCACCCAGACCACUUCAGCUCAAUGAAGUGGUCUGGUAGCCAGGUCCUCCAGGUUUUAACCCUUCAGAUGUAAACAUAGCAGUUUCAGAGAAACUGCAGGGUUAAUCCAGCCUUUAGUGGCUGUCUUCCUGACAGCCGAUAGAGGCGCUUCUGCGACGCUGAAUGCGAAAAUUGCAUUCAGCGUGCAGAACGUCCAUAGAAAAGCAUUGAGAAAUGCUUUCCUAUGGGCGUUUUUAAAAUGCGCGUGCGGCUCUGGCCGCACAUGCGCAUUCUUCUCCACUCGGGAGCUGACGUCAGAGUGGGAGGAGAGGUCACCAGCGCUGGAUUAAAGUAAGUAGCUGAAGGGGUCUUAACCCCUUCAGCCCAGCGGGUGGGGGGCUCUGAGGGUGGGGGGGACCUAAGGGUUAUAUAGUGUCAGGAAAACGAGUCAAAAUUAAGAAAAAGCCAUUCUCCUGAUUUUGAUCUUUCAGCUGCUAAGUAGAUACCUCCCUAAUGUUUUAUCCUUAUGUUGGAUUGCCAUAUUUAAGAAUACCAAAAUUGGGAGCUAUCUACUAAACACAACUCACAUCCUAAUUUGGUAUUCUGAAAUAUAGCAAUCCCACAUAAGGGUACCACAUUAGGGACUUCUCUACUCUUUAAACCACUUAAAGAUUACAACAUUGCAUUUGUCUAAAUGUAAAUUCUGAAAUUAAAAUAUCAGCUGAGUUUUUUUGAAAUGAGUCAAAUUAUGGACAAAAUUUGUUUCUGACAAAAUGAAAUUUAGAUUCGCCCAAGUUUAUUUGGACAAACUGGAAAUGUCAGCUGUGCAAAAGUCUACUACUAAUACUGUAUCAUGGCUUUGUAAGAUCUGGAAUCCUGUUUUAGUUGAAUUGGGUAGACGAGUGGGUGAUGGAAUGUGGCCAAUGUUCUAAUAUUUGGAGCAAAUAUCAAGUGAUGUUUUGUUGAUCAGUUAUACAGACAAUAUUUUAAUUUCAAGAAUGGAUAUAAUUAUGGCAUACCUGGAGGAACCCUCAAGAUACUGAUUUUAUUGGACCCAACGUUUCAUAUACUAUGUAUUAUCUGUUUUGUUUUUCUUUUUCUUUUCUCUUCUGUUCAUUUACCUUUUGCAUCUCCGGCAAUGUUGAUUGUACAUUGGUUUUAUACACAGUGCUUAAAUUCAAUAAACUAUGAGUGAAAAAAAUACACAUCAAUAAUGUCUUCAAUAAGCAAACAAAUAAAACUAUUAUCUUCACAAAUGUUAAAAAAAUAAAUAUAUGAGCAUUGUUUACUGCAUAGCCAACAGUUCUAAAAAUUGGGCUCUGGAUGUAUUCUUGAUGGUAGGGUUGACGAGUAAUAUGCAAAGUAGGCACUAUAUCCAUUUAAUCUCUUUGUAUUGAUUAUGGUGCCUGGAGUCCCCUGGUACUGUCCCUCCACAUCAACAUUUCAUUUUCAGAGACAGCUUCCUAGCACCACAAACAGGACAAUAAGCUGUAAUGUAUAUGGAGUUUGGAGUUUCUAUUAAUUACUAAUGCAGAAUUUGCUUGAAAAAGCCAGGUUUUGCAGAGUUAAAUGGUCUCUGUAUAUCAACUCUAAUAGAACAUUCAGAGUUAAACCAUGUUUGAACAGUUUAAUACUAUGUAAGGGUCCCUGGCUGCCCAUAGUCUGGCUCUGGCCCCUUCUAGGGGUGUGGCAAAAGCAGAAUUUACACACAAUCAUACCCAUUUAUACCCUCAAUGGGAGUUCUGAUAAGCUAAAAACGGUCAGCUGACACUCUAAGCCAUUCACAGCUGCCAUCUGCUGCUCAGGCUAAUACUUCCUCAUUUGCCUAAGCAGCACAGAGGGGAUGGGCUGCUUGGGACUCUUGUUUAGUAUUGAAAUGAUGGCAAAAGGGAACUCCAGACACUAUAACCAGAUUAAUUAGAUAAGGCAGAUACAGUGCCUGCAGUGUCCCGUUAAACGAAUGUGCAGGAGCUAGCUGUAAUAGCCUUCUCCUUAGGAGUAGUGAAGUCUUACACAGGAAACUAACAAGAUAACAGUUAGAAUCUGCAUAAUCUUAUACUUAGAAACAGCUAUGUAUUAUAAAUAUGUUCAUACUGGGUUGUUACAAUAUAUUUUAUGUAGCAUGCUGUAUUUUUUCAGAUGUGCACUGUUUAUCUGUUAAUACUUCCUAACUGAUUUAAAAUUUCAAUGUCAAUUGACUAGUGAAGUUGUCCAUUACAGAGAAUCAAAUGUUGAAUAUUUUACUCUAUUCCUAGAUCAUUCACCGUGAUAUUAAGCCUGAGAAUAUACUUGUAUCACACUCUGGUAUUGUAAAAGUAUGUGAUUUCGGAUUUGCACGUACAAUGGCUGCUCCAGGAGAAGUCUACACAGACUAUGUGGCCACGCGGUGGUACAGGGCACCAGAGCUAUUGGUUGGAGAUAUCAAGUAUGGCAAGUAAGAAAUGGAAGAAGAUCUGCUGGCUGAUACUAAACCGCAAUGAUCAGAUGAUAUUGAGAUGCUCUAAGUUGUUCUGUCUGUUUUUUUUCUAGAGCUGUUGAUGUGUGGGCAAUUGGUUGUCUAGUAACAGAAAUGAUUACAGGCGAGCCUCUUUUCCCUGGAGAUUCUGAUAUUGAUCAACUCUACCAUAUCAUUAAAUGCCAAGGUAAUGGCAAUUUCCUUCUUCUCUGUUAGAAAACAUGCCUUUCUUAUUUCAACAAGGGAGUAUCGCACAAAUUGCCACUGGUGAUAAAACAAUUACACUACAUUUUACAAACUCAAAAGGAAAUAAGACAAAAACAAAAUAUAAGAAAAAAAUAAAAUGUACAACUUGAAAACCUUUAAGAAAGUCUUAUAGUUAAUAAGACACAGUUUAUGAUUCUAGAUUAGAGAUUUCUAGUUUUGCAACUUAUUUGAAUAGGGGUAAUAAUACAUAACAUAAAAUAACUUAACCCAGUUUACAAACAGUAUUUUCACUAACAUGAUGAGUGGAACUGCUCUGCAAAUUGAUAGGUACAUACUGUGGCUGAUAUCAGUUUAUACACAGACUGGUUUAGUGAACUCAGUGAUGUGACGUGUUCAGGAGAGCUGUGAUCUGCACAUGCACAGACUGCAGCUCCCCUUUCUGUCAAAAAGCUCAGUUCCAGUGCCCUCUAAAACAUCAGUUUUGCAGAUAUUUUGUGAGUUUUGUGAUGGCGUCUAGAGUAAUCAUGUAACUUGGGGUCUUGAGAUCAUCCAAAAUAUCUAGCUUUACUUUGUAAGCUACCUCUACCUCUUUAAUGAAAAAGGCAAGGGAAAGUAACAUUGAUGAGUUAAAGGGACACCCUAAACUCCAUAAUCACUACAGCUUAUUGUAAUGGUGCUAGAAAGCUGUUCUUGAGAACGUAUCUUUUAAAUGCUCACCAUUUUUGUGGUCCUUCAUCACCAGCACCCAGGCUCCAUCCAACUUCCCACUGAUGUCAUUGGGCUGUCUACGUUUUUCUAUAGCAUACACAUGCAUAGGCUUCUUCCCUCAUUCACCUAAGAUGUGCAGUGAGUGUGCACUCCUGUAUGUGAAAGAGAGUGAGUUGAAUUCUGUAAACAUACUCACAUUGAUUGCUUGAAUUGCUCAAUGUGCAAGUUAGACUUAUCUAUAUGAUGGAAUGUGUGGGUGGAGACCAGGUAGUGGAGAUGAAGAUGAAAAUCAUAAAAAUAACCAGAAUUCCAACAUUUCUUUUUCAGAGACAGCUUCCUAGCACCAUAAACAGGACAAUAAGCUGUAAUGUAUAUGGAGGUUGGAGUUUCUAUUAAUUACUAAUGCAGAAUUGCAUGAAAUAGCCUUGUGUUGCAGUUAAAUAGCCUCUAUAUUAUAUCUCUAAUAGAACAAUAAUAUAACAGUAAUAGAGCAGCAGGAAAUGCUAGCAGAAUGCUUGGUUGUAUAGGGAGAGGUAUUAGCAGUAGAAAGAGAGAAGUGCUAUGCCAUUGUACAGAACACUGGUGGGACCUCACUUGGAGUAUUGUAUGCAGUACUGGAGACUGUAUCUUCAGAAGGAUAUUGAUACCUUAGAGAGAGUUCAGAGAAGGGCUACUAAACUGGUUCAUGGAUUGCAGGAUAAAACUUACCAGGAAAGGUUAAAGGAUCUUAACAUGUAUAGCUUGAAAGAAAGACGAGACAGGGGGGAUUGAUAGAAACAUUUAAACACAUAAAGGAAAUCAACACAGUAAACGAGGAGACUAUAUUUAAAAUAAGAAAAACUACCACAACAAGAGGACAUAGUCUUAAAUUAAAGGGGUGAAAGUUUAAAAAUAAUAUCAGGAAGUAUUACUUUACUGAGAUGGUAGUGGAUGCAUGGAAUAGCCUUCCAGCUGAAGUGGUAGAGGCUAAUACAGUGAGGAAGUUUAAGCACGGGUAGGAUAGGCAUAAGGCUAUCCUAGACUUAAGAUAAGGCCAGGGACUAAUUAAAAGUAUUUAGAAAAUUGGGCAGACUAGAUGGGCCGAAUGGUUCUUAUCUGCUGUCACUUUCUAUGUUUCUAUGUUUCUAACAAUACAAGCUAUAAUAUAUGCUCUAAUUAGCAAAGUUAUAAGGAUUUUUGGAAAAUGAAAACACAAAGUAUAGACACGAAAGAUGAAACACUGACAAAACCAAAUUUACACUUACCAAUCUCAAUAUUAAAAUUGUAUUUUAUAGGUAACUUAACUCCCCGACUUCAAGAGCUCUUUUACAAAAACCCAUUGUUUGCUGGCGUGACAUUACCAGAAAUCAAACAAGUUGAACCUCUUGAAAGGCGAUAUCCUGUAUUCUCUCCUUUGAUAUUAGAUUUAACUAAGGUAAAACUGGAUGCUAAUCAUUGCUGUAUUGCAUUAACUAAUUCUAUAUUUCUUAUGCUUUCCCAAUCUUACCACACUAACUGUUUAUUAAAUUAAAUGUCAAAAACAUAAAAUAUAAUAAGAAAUGAAUGCUUUAUACAUCACAAAAUACACAUUGUGUAUGCUUUAUACAUCACAAAAAUCCUGCAGAGAGCUUUUCAGCAGCACCCCCUGCAUGGUCCUGUCAAUACAGUGGGCAGGCUCGCCCCUGUCACAUUUGCAUAUUUCCCAAUGUUGGGAGGCAUGUUAUUAUGGGAUGUUGUGGCCACAAAUAUUCUUUUGAAGGAAAGAAAGUGAAAGUGCUGAUUAUAAAAAAAUAUCAUAUAGAAGGCAAAUUCUAAGUUUUGUGAAUAACCCUCUCAGACCACAUAUAGCCUUGGUAUUUUGAAAGUGAAGCUGAUAUUGGUAUAUUAUGUGUGUCAAACUAAAAUGGCUUAAUUAAACAACCAUGAUUCGCUGUUAACUACUUAGCAUUCUCAACCAUAAGUUUUCUGCAUAGGAUGAUGAUUAAAUAUAUUAUUUGUUAUAUUUUCCAAUGAAAGAAAGAAUUUAUUGGCCAAAAAAUGUAAUGCAAUUAUCUGUGUAUUGGUCGGUAUUUGCGAGGUCCCUUUUUAAAGCCACAUAGGCAGAAGAUAUAGUCGACCGCAAAAAGUAACACAGAUCAUUGCAGAAACCUCUGAGAGGUAAAUUUUUACUCAAUGUAUUUUCUAACUUUCAGGUAUGGAGUAUCAGUGGCAAGUUGUGAUGUAUAAAGCAUUCAUUUCUUAUUAUACCAGACAGUUAUAUUUUUCAUUGACAAAGAUGAUGCAUUUAUUUUACAGAGCUGCUUACAAAUCGACCCAGACAAGAGAUCUUCCUGCACCACCUUGCUGCAGCAUGAGCUUUUCAAGAAAGACAACUUUUCUGAAAGGUAGAAAAAUGCACACAUACACACAAUUUCAAAUGUAAGGCUAAAAUAGCUGAUUUUGAAAAAAAUGUCUGUCAGCAAUGCUACCAGUUCUGCUACUUUGGCCUAAAAUGUGAAAUUCACUUUGAAUUUACCUUGAAUUCUCACCUACAAUGAAUAACCCUGAAAGUUCAGGAACAUCUGAUUGCAUUAUAGAUUAUUGAAUGCUGUAAAUUCACAUAGGAAUAUAAGAAGCUUACAGUUCACACGACAGGUAGCUAAGUCGGAGCUAUACAUUUUGAACCCUAAAGUUGUGAUUAUUUAGAAUUCACCAUAGGCUUUAAUAUUUUAGCUGAAAAUAAAUGAAUGGGAAACAAAGCUGAUUUAAAAAAAAUGUUUGCUCCAUUUUCAUAGUGAAAAACUCUGACUGUGUUAGACAAAUGGGCUUAUUCAUUAAUUAAGAAUAAAAAGUCUUCAGAUAAACAUAUUAUCUUUUUUUUAUUUUUUAUAAUUAACAUUCCCUGAAGUCUCUGCUACUGUUACAUUGUACAUAUCCUUCAGAUAUAUACCAGGUAUUUAGUUCAACGCUCAAAGCACCAUAACCACUACAGCUUGCCUGGUGGAUUCCAGGUAAGAAGUCAAACUGUUUUAAAACAGUUUGACUGUUUACACUACAAAUAGCUGUUGUGAGUAUGGUGCUUAAAGAGUUCCUUUAAUUUUUUUAUGUGCAUUCCAUGACCAUGUCAGUUGCGGAACUGAUGAAAAAAAGUUUUCUGGGCCCCCAUCUAGCACAAGAGUCCCCCCUCCCUUACACCAUCACCCACACAUUAUUACCCCCCCACACCAUUAUCCCUCCUCCCUCACACCCUCACACCAUAACCCACACAUUAUUACCCCCCCUCCCUCACACCCUCACACCAUAACCCACACAUUAUUACCCCCGCUCCCUCACACCAUCACCCCCUCCCUCUCACCAUCACCAACCUCACUCUCACCAUCACUCACUUCCCACACAUUAUUACCCCCUUCACACCAUUCCCCCUCCCUCUCACCGUCACCCACCUCCCUCACACCAUCACCCCCUGCUCAUGAUCACCCACCUCCCUCUCACCAUCACCCUUCCUCUCAUCAUCACCCACCUCCCACACCUUAUUACCCUCCCUCCAUCAUCACCCCCUCUACCAUCACCCCACUCUCACCAUCACCCCCUCCCUUACACCAUCACCCCCUACCUCUCACUAUCACCCGCCCACUCUACCAUCAACCCCCUCCCUCUAUCAUCACCCAUAGCUCUCACAAGCCACCCCCUGUCUCAUCAUCACCCCCCACACCAUCACCUCCCUCCCUCUCUAUAUCACCCCCCACCAACACCCCCUCCCUCUCACCAUCACCCACCACCCACACAUUAUUACCCCCCUCACACCAACACCUCCCUCCCUUCACACCAUCACCCUCCCUCCAUCACCCUCUCCUCACCAUCCUCCCCUCCAUCCACCAUCACCCCUCUCACCAUCACCCCACUCACCAUGCGCCCUCUUCCUCUCACCAUCACCCCCUCCCUCACACUAUCAGCCCCCCUCCCUCUCACCAUCACCCCCUUCUCUCUCACAUCUCAUCACCACCAACCCCCCUCCCUCUCACCAUCACCCCUCACUAUAUCACCUCCCGUCCCUCACACCAUCACCAUCACCCCCUCCCUCUCACCAUCACCCACCUCCCACACAUUAUUACCCCUCCUUCACACCAUCACCCCUUCCCUCACACCAUCACCCUCUCCCUCUCAUAAUCACCCCCCACCCUCUUACCAUCACCCCCUCACACCAUCACCCUCCUCACACCAUCAUCCCCUCCCUCUCACCAUCACCCCACCUCCCUCUCACCAUCACCAUCACCCACCCCCCAUCACACCAUCACCCUCCCUCACACCAUCAUCCCCUCCCUCACACCAUCACCCCCAUCCCUCUCAACAUCACCCCAUCCCUCACACCAUCACCCCCCACCCGCACACAGUUUUACCCCUCUCACACACACUGUCACCCUCCCUCAUACACACUGUCACCCCUUCACACACACACUGUCAUGCUCCCCCCACACACUGUCACCCACAACAGUGUUGUCAUCAUACUCCCACACACUGUCAGCCUCCCCAGAUACACUGUUAUCAUCCCCUCACACUAUCACCUCCCCAAACAUUCUCACCCACCCACACUGUCAGCCUCUUCAUGAAUCCACACUCACAUUAACCACUCCUAAUCCUGUUAAUCUCACCCCCUCCAAACUCACCUGCCCCCACUCUGCCACACUCACCCUGUCAAAUUAAAUCCCCUAAUUAUGUCACACUCACUUUCUCUCACUCUGUCACACUCUCCACCCAACCCUAACACACUUAUCCUGUCACAUUAAUGCCUCUAAUCUUGCCAACUCUGCCACUCACCUUGUCACAUUAACCCCCCCUUAAUCCUGUCACACUCGUCCCUCCUACCAUGCUACAAUUGCCCUGACACACUUACCUCCACUCGCUCUGUCGCACUCCCUCAUCAAACCAUGUCAUACUCCCUCUCCCUUAUUCUCUCUCACAACCCUGUCCCAUUUUCCCCCUUUGCCCUGUGACGCUCUCCCUGCCACUGGUACCCCUUAACUCACCUUGUCACAGUCACCAGCUGAAGACAUUCAUCAUACACACACAGUCAGAAAACAUAGCUUUGCCAUAAACACAAUGCACAAAGCUGACAGGCAAAAUCCAUACCUACAACACACUUCAAGCAUCUACCCCAUACACAUAGAGUCCCAGACAAAAGUGCAAACAUGCUCACACAGACAUACAUUCACACACACAAGGAUACUCUCUGUCAGACACACACUCAGGCACAUACAAAGGUAGACAGUGCAUCAAUGUGUAUAUGUGUGCAUAUAUUGCAACUCUAUUUGUUUCACUUUGGUGUUAGUGGGGCCUCAUGUUUGGGUUUCGCCUAAGGCCUCAUAAAGUCUAGAGCCACCGCUGUUUGUGAGCAGUGUUUUUGCAUUUGAGUAUAAGAAUGCUUUUGUAUAGAGUGUGUGUGUGCAUGUAGGGGUAUAUUUGUGUGUACUGUUGCCAUUUGAAUGCAGUGGUGUACUUGUGUGUGGUGUUUAUGUUUGAGUGCAUUGUGUGUUUGGAUGUGGUGUUGGCUUUUAAAUGUGGGUGUACAAUUGUGUGUAGUAUUGGUGUUUGAGUGAAACGGUGUGUUUGUAUAUAAUUUUGGAGAUUGAGUACAGGGGUUUGUUUGUAUGUAAUGUUUGUGUUGAUUUGCAGGGUGUGUUUGCAUGCUUUGUUGGUGUUUGCUGAGAUGUAUGCACAUACACUACCACAUACAUAAAUACUUACAUAGAUACAUCCACACACAGAUAUACACACACACAAUGGCACACACCUUGACACACAGAUACACACACUGAUAGACAGAUACACACAGUCACACACAGAUACACAUACUAGCACACAUACACACACUCAGAUACACAUACCUUGACAAAGAUACACACCCAGAUACACCCAUUGACACACAGAUACACGUCAUAAUUUAUUUACAGCCACCCUCCUGUUAGCGUACCUUUGUCUGUAGGAGGGUGGGUUCAUUGAGGUGCUGGCUGAGGCUGAAGUGUGGCAGCAGCUCACUUGUUUCUCCUGCCUGCUCCCUCUCCCUCGCGGUGCACUCUCCUCCAGUCAACUGACAUCACAGGGCUGACAUCGUAGGGCUGGGCCCGGACUCUGGAGGGCCCAUUACCAGACAAGAACAGUUUGGCAGCAACAUUGUGGCAUAACUCCCAGUACUGGGUCCCACUAGCGUUUUGUGCCCCAGUGCAGCUGCAUCGGCGGUAGUUCCGCCACUGUUCCAUGUCCAUGUAUUGUGGUUUUGUGCUACUGUUAGACAUAUUGAGAUAGUCUUACGGUGACACUCCAGGCACUAAUAUACUUCACAGCCUGGCUGCAGAUAGUCAGGGAAACAAUAAAAAGGUAGUGAUACCCCUACUAUACAUCUCCCAGGGCAUCCUUCUGAUGCAUAUUGUUUUUUAGCUCAGAUCAUUCAGUGCUGUCACUGACUGAGCUGUGUGCACAAGUAAGGAGACAUGUCUAAAGAGGCAGGCUUAUGGUGCAGCAUUCUGCAAAACCUGUAAUAGCUUGAGUAUGCAAAGAUACAGCAAAUACAGCAAAACUCAUCAAAUGUAUUAAAGUAGUAUUGGUGUCCAGAGUGUCCCUUUAAUGCAAAAGGCACCUUAUUAUUUAUUUAUUUAUUUACUCUUUUUGAGCAUUAACUAUCCUGUUUAUUGCUAUUGUGGCCUAUGUUUUUUUUUUGCUGUGUUAAUAUUUUCAGAAAUAUUUUCAGAAAGUUCAUUUGUGUUUGUACCAAUGACUGACCUAUUAGAAACAUAUUCAUCAUAUAAAUAGAAAUCUCCCUUUCAAUGUUGCAAAAAAAACCCACCUGAGAAUAUUUAUUUACUUCUCCAAGGUUCUCUCAGGAAAUCAGUGCAAAAGUGCAGAAGCUCUCGAAAGAUAUCCCAACGAAUUUGAGGAAGAAUAAAAACAGAGAACAUUCUAUGGGAGAAAAGAAAGCACUGGUAUUACAGGCAAGUGUUUGCACCAAAUAUCAAUUAAAGACAUUUACUUCCUAAUAUAAAACAUUGUGCAUUUCAGUAUAUCGGUUAAUUUAUUUUUAUAUUCAUGUUGUGUAAGUAGGACUUCAAUAUGACCUCCAAAGCAAAAGAAACAAAACCUUUAAAGGUGAAAAAUAUGAAGAUGGAUUUAGAAAAGGAUGAUGGACCCUUUCAUGUUACCAAUUUGUAUAAUGGCCUAGAUCGUCGCAAGAGCCCAUCUGCAAUGAUUCCUCCAAUCAGCUACAACUAUACUGCAAUGUCUUCUCAUAUGGCAGCCAAUCCCGGUGCAGGGUCUGGCUCAGGGCAUAUUGUGUUAAGGUACCCAACUAACAAGCUUCAACUUAUUGUCAGUUUUUAAACAUGAACUUUCAUUAUAAAAACCUGGCUAACUGUUUGCAUUUUGUUCAAAGUUUUGCCUUAAGAACUUGGAGCUACUAUUCCAUGAGGGCCACUUUGUGAAUGCUAAGCUCUUAUGAGAAUACUAAUUAUCGUUUAUUAAUGCCCUCCUUACUUUUUUUUUACUCUGAGCUUACUAUUGUUACUACUAAACGCAGCUCAUCAUUUGAAAUGGACCUAACAUUUACUCAAAUAGCUUUAAAAUGGCAUAUAUUUUAAUAAACAAAGGCAGGUGUGACAAUUUUAUUCACUCAUAUUUAAAUUUAUAAUCAUAGAGUUUAAAAAACAUGAAAGAUGUUUAAGUUGCUUAAUUUUGUUUUCUUACAGUAGUAAAGUCUUAAACAGACGUACCAAUAGGUUGUCAAAGGAAAUUGUACCCAUUCAGGAAGGUGCAACGUGUCUUCUAGCACCUAUUAAUCAUGGAAUUAUGUUUUCUUUAACUUAAAUCCCUUACUAAUAUAGUGACCUUUGUAUUUAGUCUGCUCCAUACAUUGAUCUGUCACUGGUCUGCUGAUCAUGUGAACACAUUGGUUUAAUGCCUCUCUCUGUCCUAUGUAUUGCAUACGUGUAAAAAAAAUUACAUUGAUAAAAUGUCGUGCUGAUGAGAUUCUAUGUGAGUGGGGUACAACAUGUGUUGGUAAAACCUCAAAAUACUCUAAUUCCCCAUUUUCAUAGACAUCUUUGUAUUUUUUAUUAUAGGGGAGAAGAAAAGAGUAGAAUGUAUAUAAGCCCUUUGAAAAAAAGUGGAAUGCCGUCUCCUAGAAAUAAUUACAAUCAAAACCUCGCAACCUUGGUGAGUUUAUAAUAAUACUGUUCCAACUUUAUGAGGAUUUGUCAUUCAUUGUCAUUCUAUUCAAGGAAUACUAGUUGGUGCCAAAAAAUUCAUAGCACAGUUUACGCACUCUUUUUAUAAAUAUAUACAUAUAUGACAUUUUUUCUUAUUCUUAGGUUUCAAAUGACAAGAACUCUCUCCAAGUUAGUAAGAAAAAAUUGGAGUAUUCCAGGAUGGAUACAAAAUUGCCAGAGCUGACUUAUGGCCAUUUUCCCGAUCUAAAGGGCCCCGAGGGUGGAUCAGUUUACUCCUGUAAGUCCCUCUCUUCCUAAAGCUUUUUUGCGCUGUACGUGUUUAUUAUUCUGUACCUGUUCAAAAUAUUUAUUAAUAUUGUUCAACCUACAUGGCUCAUUAUUUUAGUUGCUAUCCUACACCAAAGGUUUCUUUUUCUUGGCAGGUUCCUGGUUAAAGUGUAAAUCUGGACAAAAUAUAAUAGAGUUUUAUUUGUUUAAUGAUGCCAUCACUACUUUAAUGUUUAAAGACAUAUUAUUAUGCAUGAAUAUGAAAAAGACAUUACAAUAAUGUUACAUGGCGGAAUAAUGAUGCUUGACAACAUCUUUUUAAAAACAUGCUACAUAUCAAUCGCAGUAAAUUUAAAACCUAUCACCAUAACUUACUGUUAAACUUACUUUUCACAUUGCAUAGUCUAUAGUUGCCCAAAACAUUUAAAAUUUGUAAAAUUAUUUAUUUCUCCUGUAACUUGGUUAUGAUCAUACCAGGGGUGAGUAAUUUGGGUUCAUGAGUAGCGUUUAAGUAAUCAACAUAUCGGAGGAGAUUUUGACUGAGAAUGGUUGAGAAGUGCGUUGAGGUGUUAAAUGUUGGAUUAUUUGGUUCAAGCAGCAUACAGUUCCUUCAUAUAUAAUUAAAUAAAACAGAUUUUCAUGAAAGAUGUUGGGCAGUUGCCUAGAGGAUAACUGUAUUACAAAGUGCCAAGGGAAAUAAUAAUAAUAAAAAAAGGUAGCCUGCUUCAAUCGUGGCUGGAUAGGUUUUUGAUAUCGCAAAGGACCACCUGAAGAACUUCUCCAUUGCUAUUUUGGCAUAGAAAUAUCACAUUACAUGGUGAAUUCCUGACGUGCUUUUGCCUAUAUUCUUAAAAUAUUUUCAGCAGUUACCUUUUUAAUAAAAAUAAAAAAAAAUUAAACUGUCAUUGCUUAUCUUGCUUGUGGCACUCAGUGUCAGGAGGUAGGUAAUUAUGCCAUUUCCACUUACCUUCACACUGAAAUAAAGGCAGUUAAACAAAACCGUUCAUUUGCUUUCAGCUCAGUUUUUUUUAUUGCAGUAACUAUCUGUCAGGGUUUGAAUAUUUGAAUUGCAAUUUUUAUAUAGCUACUCCCACAUUGGAAAAAUUCCCUGAUCCCAAAUAUUAAUAUUAGCUAAACUUGGUAAAGCAUGCCUAGAUGAUAUUAAAUUAAUUGAAGUUGAUUUAUGCAAAUAAAAUAUCAGGUGAAAAAUAUAACCUAGAGCUAAUAAUGCUUUAUACUUCAUUUUUUCUUGACACGGACAUAACUGUAUCGUGUGUAUGUGUUAAUAUAUUUUCUUAUUAUUUCUGUAGCUUGGAGCUCAAAGCUGGCAAAGAAAGACAAUCGAAUCAUACCAGAGUCUCGAAUUCCAUCACUUGCUAUGAUCGAUCUUUAUAAUCCAACCACCUUGCCCCAGGUCAUACAAGUCAAGAAUACUGAGAGCUGUGAUAUAAAACAGUAGUAAAAGAGAUCUCCAUCUUAUUCUGAUUCUGUCAUUUUCUGUAUUAUUCUGUACAAAUUUAUUUUUUUGGUAUUUGGUAUAAGUGUUUUUGUAAUUAGGGGUGGGUGAUAAUGCAUUAAAAAAGUAUUUCAUUUAGAGUACAUGCACACGCAGCUCUAAGCCUCUAUUCUCAAUAAGGUACCCUAUACCUCUACGAGCUCCAUAUUUUUUGUUUUUCUGAGUGUAUAAAAGAGGACCAGAGCAGUAAUACUCACAGUUAUGAGUAUUUAUACUACAAUAAAUGUAUGUAGAAAUAAGUCUGUUUAAAUAAAAUGCAUUGUUCAUGUUCUAAAUUACAUUUCAGUAGCAUAAACUGUUAUUGGUAAGUCACCUAAAAUUCUCAGAACAGCCCUGUCCCUGGUUAGCCCCUUUCACAUCCCCUCUUUGUCCAAGUCAAAUGUUGGGAAGCAUGGUACCCAAGUAUGAUAAUCUUAUUUAUUUAUUUACAGCUGUUGUCAUCAACAAAGUUUAUUUUUUACUGAAUGCAUGUGAAAUAGUUCACCAUUGGAUAGCAUGUACCUGUGUAUAUGACAUGAUAAAGUGUAUAUUAGCCUGCUUCACUGGUGUAAGUUGUGGUACAUGUGUAUGCAUAGGCAAGAAAUCCACCAGACAUUUGCUAAGGUAACCCAAUGACCGAUUGUAGCACACAGUUAAUUAAAAAUAUACAAAGUAGUAUAGAUCAAGUGAUAAGACCUCUGUUUUCCCUUACUGACAAGUUAUAUUGUGUCUGAUAUCAAUAUCAUUUUUCUGUUCACAGGUUUCAGAAAAAAUGUUGCAAGACACCUUAAAUAACCACGAAGGAAACUUCCCUCAUGUGGAGCACUUAUAGUAAACAUCAAAAUGACAAUUACAUUCCAAAUAUGCUCUAUCUUUUCUGAAAAUCUGACUGGAUUUAAAAUCAUGAAAACUUUAUGACAAAAAAACAACACAUUUUAUGAGGCAUUUCCAAAACAUAUAUUUACUGGGGAAUAUAAACCAUGCCACUAUCCACAUAUUAUUGGAGUCAAGCUCUGCCAUGAUUUAUAGGCAAGAUAAUAUGUACUAUUUAAAAGGAUAAUAGGAAACCUUCAUCCACUACUAUUUUUGGCAUAGCUGUUCAAUGACUUGCACAAAUUGUCCCUAAAAAUCUUGUUCGUGCACAACUGAGGAUGUUUCACUCAUGAGCCAAGUCCACUUCAGAAGAGCCUCCAGUAUAGAAAACCAUGCUAUACCAAACAUUUAUAUUUUCACAAAGCUAUUUUUCCUUGCAAGACAAUGUACAGUAGUGUAAUAUUGAAAUUCUAGCCAUGGCCAAACUGAUUCAAUCAAAAACAGAAAAUUGGAAACAUGGCUUUUUAAUACUAUCGUACAGGUCUCAUGUGAGGCCCUCUCAUUUUUAUUGAAAACUAAUUUUAGGUCAAGUCCGCAAUUACUAUUUUUCUGUAAACGUCACUGUAAUCUGUCUUGUGCAUGUAGAUAUACAGUAUGUCACAAAAGUGAGUACACCCCUCACAUUUUUCUAAAUAUUUUAUAUCUUUUCAUAUGACAACACUGAAUAAAUGACACUUUGCUAAUGUAAAGUAGUAAGUGUACAGCCUGUAUAACACUGUAAAUUUGCUGUCCCCUCAAAAUAAGUCAACAUACAGCCAUUAAUGUCUAAACCGUUGGCAACAAAAGUGAGUACACCCCUAAGUGGAAAUGUCCAAAUUGGGCCCAAAGCAUCAAUAUUUUGUGUGGCCGCCAUUAUUUUCCAGCACUGUCUUAACACUCAUGAGCACAGAGUUAACAAGAGCUUCACAGGUUGCCACUGGAGUCCUCUUCCACUCCUCCAUGACAACAUCAUGGAGCUGGUGGAUGUUAGAGACCUUGCGCACCCCCACCUUCCUUUUGAGGGUGCCCCACAGAUGCUCAAUAGGGAUUAGGUCUGGAGACAUGCUUGGCCAGUCCAUCACCUUUACCUUCAGCUUCUUUAGCAGGGCAGUGGUCAUCUUGGAGGUGUGUUUGGGGUCGUUAUCAUGUGGGAACACUGCCCUGCGACCCAGUCUCCAAAGGGAGGAGGGAAUCAUGCUCUGCUUCAGAAUGUCAGAGUACGUGCUAGCAUUCAUGGUUCCCUCAAUGAACUGUAGCUCCCCAGUGCUGGCAGCACUCAUGCAGGCCCAGACCAUGACACUCCCACCACCAUACUUGACUGUAUGCAAGACACACUUGUCUUUGUACUCCUCACCUGGUUGCCGCCCCACAUGCUUGACACCAUCUGAACCAAAUAAGUUUAUCUUGGUCUCAUCGGACCACAGGACAUGGUUCCAGUAACCCAUGUCUUUAGUCUGCUUGUCUUCAGCAAACUGUUUGUGGGCUUUCUUGUGCAUCAUCUUUAGAAGAGGCUUCCUUCUGGGACGACAGCCAUGCAGAUUAAUUUUAUGCAGUGCGCAGCAUAUGGUGUGAGUACUGACAGGCUGACCCCCCACCCUUUCAACCUCUGCAGCAAUGCUGGCAGCACUCAUACGUAUAUUUCUCAAAGACAACCUCUGGAUAUAAUGCUGAGCAUGUGCACUCAACUUCUUUGGUUGACCAUGGCGAGGCCUGUUCUGAGCUGAAUCUGACCUGUGAAGCCACUGUAUGGUCUUGCCCACCGUGCUGCAGCUCAGUUUCAGGGUCUUGGCAAUCUUCUUAUAGUCUAGGCCAUCUUUAUGUAGAGCAACUAUUCUUUUUUUUCAGAUCCUCAGAGAGUUCUUUGCCAUGAGGUGCCAUGUUGAACUUCCAGUGACCAGUAUGAGAGAGUGUGAGAGCGAUAACACCAAAUUUAACACACAUGCUCCCCAUUUACACCUGAGACCUUGUAACACUAACGACUCACAUGACAUCGAGGAGGGAAUAUGGCUAAUUGGGCCCAAUUUGGACAUGUCCACUUAGGAGUGUACUCACUUUUGUUGCCAACAGUUUAGACAUUAAUGGCUGUGUGUUGAGCUAUUUUGAGGGGACUGUUAUACAGGCUGUACACUUAAUACUUUACAUUGUAGCAAAGUAUCAUUUCUUCAGGGUUGUCACAUGAAACGAUAUAAUAAAAUAUUUACAAAAAUGUGAGGGGUGUACUCACUUUUGUGAGAUACUAUAUGUAUAUUUAUGGAAAUACUGACACAAUUCACCAUCUUUUAAUCUAUACCAGUACUGCUCAUCAUGGAUUAUCUGCUCGUUUUGGAUGCCCUGUCAAAUUGUGUUAGAUAACUAAUCCAACAUUUGGUUAUCCUGCAAAGAGUCAUGUGUUUCUAUUUAUUAAGGCAAAUCAUUUACUUUUUAUAGAUUUAUUUUCCAUCAAACUCACAAUAUUGUAAUUUUUAAAAAAUAUUUUUUAAAAUAAUUUUUU